AUGAAAUUUUUGGCUAAAUUAAUUUUUUUAAUUUUAAUAAGUUCAUGUGUAAAUAGCCAAUUGACUCCAAAUGAAAUCACUUUAAUUCAAAAUUACCAUAAUCAAUGGAGAUCCAAUCCUAAUGGUCCAACUCCAGUAACACCAAUUUCCGGAUUAGUCUACAAUGAAUCAAUUGCAACUGCACUUAAUUUAAAUCUUAGAAAAUGUGACGAUUCUUACAGUAAUAUGUAUCAAUACGCUCAAAAUAGUGAAUGGCAAACUUGGGCCACUCCAAUUUCAUCUUUUAAUUUAACUUCCAUUCUUGUAAAUAUUGGAGAAUCUUCAAAAUAUUAUGAUUGGUCAAUUGCUGGUUGUAAUAAUAUUUCUUCCUCAAAUUGUGAAAUUUGGACAAAUGCUGUCUGGAAUAAAAGUAAAAGUUUUGGAUGCGCCAAAUCAAUUUGUGAUGAAACUAUUGUAUUAUCAUGCUCCUAUUAUCCAGCUGGUGGAUUUAAAGGUGUCCUCCCAUACAAGCCAACCAGUAUAAACCCUUCAGCUUCUACCACUCCAAAAAUGCCAAAUUUUUCAUCUGGAAGUGUUGAUUGGAGUGAUUAUCAAACACCAGUUAGAGACCAAGGUGAAUGCAAAUCAUGUUGGGUUUUUGGUUCUUUGGCAGCAUUGGAAUCAAGAUAUUUAAUUAAAAAUGGUGUAUCAGAAAAAUCAACAUUACACUUAUCAGCUCAAAAUGCAAUGAAUUGUAUUACAAGUGGUUGUGAAUCUGGUUGGCCAGCAAAUGUAUUUGAUUAUUUUGAAUCAUCAGGAAUUGCAUUUGAAAAAGAUUAUCCAUAUGAUGCAAUUGGUAGUGAUAAUUGUACUUCAUCUUCUAACAAAUUUGAAUACUCUGGUUAUGAUUCAGUUGAAAAUACUAAAGACUCUUUAAUCCAAGAAUUAAAGAAUGGACCUAUCACUAUUGCUCUUUACUCUGAUACUGCAUUCCAAAGUUAUGCUGGUGGUAUUUAUGAUUCUGUUGAAGAAUAUAAAGAUGUAAACCACAUUGUAUUAUUAGUUGGUUAUGAUAAACCAACAGAUUCUUGGAAAAUUAAAAAUUCACUUGGAACAAAAUGGGGAGAAUUAGGAUAUGCUCGUAUAACUGCAUCAAAUGAUAAGCUUGGUAUCUUACUUUAUAAUUCUUUUUUCCCAAAAUUUAAAUAA